AUGGAAAGCAAGAGGCCGACGAACAUGAAGAUGAGGAAGAAGAGUAGUCGAAUAGAGGAUCUAGAAGUUUCUGUCAUGAUGGCGGAUAAUAGGCUGACGGUGGUGCUCGGAUGUAAGGAUCGAUUUCUGGUGGAAAGGAGGAACAAAGGUAUCAAUGAUUUGAGGAAGUCAUCGUACUCUUUAAGUUCUAUAAACACGAAUAUAAAGCGUUCUGGGCUUCCGUACCAUCGAGUGAAUCGGUUUCCCGGUUGGCUUUGCGACAUUCUCCGAUUCAGUGGACCUUCAUCAUACUGCCGAAAGCCCCUCCACAAAAUGAGAAGCCAUCCGGAGGUUCUUUGGGCUCAGAGGGCAGACAAAGUUUACCUGACCAUAGCCCUAACCAAUGCAAAAGACAUUGCAGUUAAAUGUGAGCCCCAUGGAUUAUUCAACUUCUCUGCCAUUGGAGCAAAUGAUGAAAACUCUGAAGUCAGUUUGGAACUUUAUGGAAACAUCCUACCUGAGGGCUGCAAAACCCAAAUGGGGUUGAGGAAUAUACUGUGCACUGUUCAGAAAGAGGAGAAAGGUUGGUGGAAACGUCUCUUGAAAUCUGAUCAAAAACCUGCUCCGUAUAUAAAGGUUGAUUGGAAUAGAUGGUGUGAUGAGGAUGAAGAAUCAGUUAAUGGUAGUGAUGAUGAUGACUUGAAGUACGCGAGUGAUGAUGAUGGAAGCAGUGGUGAUGACGGAAUGCUAUAUCUUCCGGACUUGGAAAAGGCCUGGAGCUCGGCUCGUGAAUGA